AUGCUGGUCCAGGCACAUUGGGGCACCGACCCCGAGGAGUCCAUCCUCAACGCCUUCAAGCUCUUCGACCCAGCUGGCACCGUGAACAAGGACGACCGUUCCCUCCUCCUGCAGGUUAAGCAGCUUCUCCUGACCCAGGCGGAGAAGUUCUCCCCAGCGGAGGAGGUGGAGCGGGUGUUCGCGGUGACACCCAUUGACGUCUCGGGGAACAUCGACUACAGGUCCCUGUGCUACAUCAUCACCCACGGGGACGAGAAGGAGGACUGA